GUCGUAAGCUUGGUGGGAGUGGUGUGGAUUUCCUCUUUAAUAAGUUGUCUAGUGCCUGUGAGUCCAUUCGUAAUACAAGAAGGAAUAAAUCAAGUCUUUAUCAUCAUGAAAUGUACCGACUACUGGUGGAAAGGAAAGAGAAUAUUUUGAUUUUAUCUGACAUUACAUUAGCAUCUAAAGACAGUAAUAAUUAUGUUUUACCAGAUCACAGGGAUGAAAUUACUGACUAGAGCUUCUUUAUUCAUUGCACUCAACUGGUUUGAUCAGUGUUCUUAAAAGUGAAGACAAGGUAUGGGUUGUUGUGAAUAAGGGUAUACUACUAACUGAGGUGGACGGGAUUCUUUUUGCUCCAAAGACAUUCAAAGAACACGUUGACAUUGCUAGCAAUACUGGUGUUGUUAGUGUGUCUGGUCUGACUAGACUCUUCCCUGAAUAUGAUCCUGACAUGUUGAUCUGUUUCCUGCAGAACAUGGAACUUUGUCAAGAAUUGAAUCCAUCAUUCCUAAGAAUGACAAACUUAUUAGCAGGAGCUAGAGAGGAGACAGGAGACAGUGCCUCAGAGACUCAAAGAAGAGGUGAUAGAUUGUUGUUCUUUCCAUGUCUUUUAACUAGCGAUAGACCGAAAGAAUUGACUAGUCAAGUAUACCAGUUUGGCUGGUGUUUACAGUGUACUAGAGAAUAUGAUUUCUUUCCUCCUCGAUACUUCCAUGUUCUCUCAUUACAUUUCGCUUUUAAGUUUUCACUAUCAAAAGGGAACAGAGAAUUAGCUGAAAAAUUAAACCGUAAAUGUAGAUUUUGGAGUAAUGGUCUUCACUGGUUUGAUGGUUAUGGUGUAGGAUCACUGGUAGAGAUUGUGGAUGAGAGCCAGUGUGUACUAGUAAUGAUGUCCUGUGAGAAAGGUUACAGUGACAACAUGGUGUCUUUAAGAAGAAACGUAUUAGGAGAGGUAAUGAGUGUUUAUAAAGAGUCCUGCCCCAGUCUAGAGGUAAAAGAGUUAGUUAUUGAUCCUAAAGAACUAGCCUAUCCUGUGAAUACACCAAGAGAAAGGAUGGUUUAUGAAGUUUUGGAUAUACUAUCAGCAACUAAUGAAGGAAGGCCAUUUCUUGUGAGCGAUACAGGACAUAAAGAAUUAAUGGAGAUCCUACCUGAUGAAUCAUUAUCAGAUGUUAGUAAUCUGUCACUAUUAGGAGGACGUGAUAUUAAGGAAUUGAUUGAAGUAGCUGAGGAAAUAGUCACUAACAUAAAUAUUAAUAUUAGAGAUCUUGAUAGUGUCAUUGAAGAGCUAACAAUACUCAACCAUUUACCAUGCCAUAUAUGGCAUGAUCUUGGCCUUCAGCUAGGACUCUAUCAGCCUACACUAGAAGACAUCAAUGAAGAUAAUAAUGGAGACUCUAAGAAGUGCUUCAGACAGUGUAUGUCUGCCUGGUUAAAGAGAGAAGAUAAAGUGAAAGAGAAAGGAGGUCCCAGUUGGUCAUCAUUAGCUACAGCACUGGAUAAAGAAGGAAGACAUCAUAUUGCUACUAACAUUAGAGAUAAAUUUUGUAAAUAGCUGUUACAUGUAGUUAUGAAGCAUUUAGUUUGCUCAUAAUUAUAACUUUUUUCACAAAUUAAUGUAUAGGAUCCUCAAA